UGGAGUGCUAUAUCGACUGAGCAGGCGUCAGAGUCGCCAAUUACUACAACAUUUUGUAUCUGUACGCGGUGGAAUAUAUAAUUUCUUAGAAACGAGUGCGGUGAAUUGAGUUAACGAGUGGUAAUGGCGAGCUUCUCUCCACUGGUCCUGUCCAUCACUGCCACCAGCUUUGCGACGUUCCAGUGUCUGUUCCAUUUUGUCAGUCCCUGUAUCUCUGCUCGGUUCUGCCCUGGGUACCGCCGUCUCAGCCCUAAACACACCGUAGAGUGGAACUCCAGAACUGUGUCUACAUUUCACGCCUUGAUAGUGGGCCUUUUUUGUCUCUACAUAUUACUAUUUGAUGAUGCCGUCAAUGAAGACCCAGUCUGGGGAGAUCCGUCACUGGUGAAAAUAAAUGUGUCCAUAACCUGUGGCUACCUCCUAUCAGAUAUGCUGCUCAUAUGUUACUAUUGGCGGGCGAUAGGGGACAAGUUUUUUGUAAUCCACCACCUGGCAGCACUGUAUGCUUACUACUAUGUACUGGUGAGUUCUCUACUGACCCAGAGCAGAAUGUGCAGGCAAGAUGGGGAAGGGACAAGGGCCAAGGGUGAACAGCCAUGUAGUUUAAUGGGAUUGGUUAGAAUGGAUAACAAAGUGCUUGUCAGGGAUGAAAUAGUUUGGUUCCACUUUACAUUCAGUAUCCCUAAUAUGUGUAGACCUAUAUUUGGAACACUUUGAUUUACAGUGUUGUUAUUGACCUAUAAAUACACUGCUAUAAGUGUUAUUACUCAGUUGUUUUGCUGUACUUACUAGGGUUAUUAGACAGUAAUAGAACACUGUAAACCAAGUGGUAGGCAAGUAGAUUCAGCCGCGGGACGAUUUCUGUCGGAGCGAAUGGUCGCCAAAAUGUGUACAUUGCAAAUUGACCACAACUAAGCCCAAAAAGAGAUUGUAUUUAAAAAUAACAAUAAUUUCAUACCUUGAUUACAUUGAGACACGAUUACACAUCUCUUUUUUAUUGUGGGAAUACUUGAACAGAUUUCCUAAAAUAACACAUUUCUAACUGAAUUCCUGGUGAUUUUACAGUCUUUUUGAGCAAAAAUCACCCCCCGCCAGGUUUAGGCCUGUUUCCAACCCCUGCUGUUGCCGACCCCUGCUGUUGCUGACCCCUGCUGUACACUAAAGUGUUACCCUCCCCUCUUCGGGAAGGUACAGUGUAAGCAAGCGCAUAUAUUGUUCGAAAGUAGUUACAGUUGUAAAACAGUUUUGAGAUACGGCUUGCAGUUGACACACCACUAAAAGCUAGACAACCAUGUGAUGUAGAUGUUCACUCUUGGUCCUGUCCUGUGAAUCUAUUCUGGGCCAUCAGGUUCAGUAGCUGCUAAGAUUAAUGAUGACAAUGAUGAGGAUAGGGACCAUUUUUUGCAUGGAAUAGGAUGAUGAGUUGUUGUGCCCGUUUCAAAGCCACAGAUUCAGACCAGUCCCGGACUAGAAAACAUGCUCAAUGGAGAAUAUCCAUUGAAUAUAAAAAAUGUUUUGUCCCAGAUUAGGAUUAAUCUGUGUCCAGGAAACCAGACUGUAGAGUUUCUGUGCAUAAUGUAUUCUCUUACUUCUCUCAAUCUGUGAUGGUGAUUGGUACAUGCUGCCUUUUGGUUGUUUUGACCUUUUGAGCCUAUACCCUAGACCCUAUACAUCAAUACAAAGACAGGGUCUUCCUCUCAUUUCAUUUUUUUUAAAUCACCACUGACUUUUCUUAGUAAAAUGUACUGGAUAAUUUCCAGUCCCUUUUUUGGGUAAUGUUAGAAUGGAUUGUAGAGUAAUUGUUUUGAAAUUUAUAAUUAGAUAUUAACUUAAUAACAGCCUCCACAUAGUUAGUCCAUAUCUUUUUUAAUUUCUCAAGAAUGUUUUUUUUAUCUUCUUCAAUGUUGGGAUAGGGGGCUUUUAAUGGUGCCAGUUUUCACUAGUUGCACAUUUCUUUUGUUUAGGUAUUUUAUGUCCAUGUCUUUCCUCCACUUACAUGUGUGAUCAAUGAACCCAGUCUUGUGUCUCUAUCCUGCUAACAAUACAGAACAUGCAAAAAAUGUCCUAAACAAAGAACAGGCCUGUGUCAAAUGGCGAUAGAAGGGGUCCCUUCCUAUCUUGUCUGUAGUGAAUUCUGUUGUGGUACAUAGAGCACAUGUUGCCUAGUAACAGUAUGGAUUUACCAGUACAUAGAGGUACGAGCAUGCACUGCUGGAUUGUCACCACCAAUUUUUGAACACAUUUUGAACAUUUCUAUGUGACCCAAGUUUAUUAACCGUGUCAUAACCCCAGUAAGUACACCUAGAUGUUUUAUUGUUUUUGGAUCGUACGGUAGGUUUACGAUCAUGAUGUAUCAUGAAUUCACAUAUUAUUGAAAGUACUUCUCUUGGCAUUAUUUUCUUUGCACUUUGUUCUGUCUCUCUCUUUUAGAGCAUAGGAAUGUUGCCUUAUUUUGCUAACUUCCGUCUGGUCGCAGAGCUUUCCACUCCUUGUGUGAACCAGCGCUGGUUCUUUGAAGUGCUUGGUUACCCAAAGAAAUCAUUACCAAAUAUGGUCAACGGAAUUGCCAUGACGCUAUCCUUCUUCCUGGUGAGGAUAGCGGUCAUGCCGAUGUAUUACAGCCGGAUGUACGACGUGUACGGGACAGAAGCUUUCUACCGGGUGACUUUUGGGGGCCGUUGUGCCUGGAUGGGCCCCAGUUUCUGUCUAGACAUUAUGAACGUCAUGUGGAUGCAUAAAAUGGCCCGCGGCUGCAUUAGCGUUCUGCGCUGUCCCGGAAAGGUAAAAGUGGAAAAGCUACAGAAUGGGAAAGUGCACUGAGAGGUUGCAAAAGGCUAUGGUAGAGUUAUUUUAUUGUAUGUCUGGUUCAAAUGGUUCAUGGACAUUUUUGGAUCAAAUGGUUCAUGGACUGGAAAUGUCCUGAGACUCCCGAGGAUCACCAGCCCUAGGUAAAUUGUGUACCACUAUACUUAUUUGUCCAGAACAAUGCCAAUUAAACAAGCUCUACAGUCCUCCAAAAUGAUGGAAGGGGACAUGGUAAAGGCCAUUGGAUUGCGUCUCCUCUUGGUCCUUACAGAUGGAGGAAGUGGAUGGAAACAAACAGACAAUAUUCUAAAGCACAGCUCUUGUCUGUUGGACCCUUUGUUUGUAAAUUGUAUAUGUCCACCCAAAGGUGUCUUGUGUGUAUUGCCACAAUUACAUGAACUGACAUGGAAGAGAAUGUUAAAGGAACUCACAUAGUUCUGUAAUGUUUAUGAAGCCAUAUAGAUGGCUCUUGUACAAAUAUCAUGAGAUAUUGUACGAAAAUAAAAUCCUUACUUGAAAUCUGUGUUUUCACCAGCAUUAGGAUGUAAAAGAAGUAUAUUGUCAGACUACUGAAGUCUAUGCUCAGGAGCCUGCUCAUGCAGUAGGCCUAGGAAAUAUUAGUCAUGCACAUAAAGUAUCAGAGUAGAUUUAGACAAACCACAGCAAACAAAUGCCAGAAUGUAUUGUAAUUUUAUCUUUAGAAGUGACCUUACUGAGUGUGAUUCAUGAUAACAGCAAUAAAAGUGCACUUAUGUCUAACCGA